CUCUAACAGAUCUGUGCAUAGACUUACGUUCCGGACAAAGUCAGGACACCUUUUUGUGUCACGUGCCCGAGGAUUACCUAAUCAAAGAUUCUGAUGUCGACUGAAAUGAGAUUGGCCGGGAUGCGGAUCACUUUGAAAAGUCAUUCUAAAUGUAAAAUAUGCCUGGGUAUCAUAGUGGUUGUGCUUUUUGUGAUCAUUGCAAGGUGGAGUUCUUGCAUAAGGCUGUAUUGGAACGACUGGAAUGGAAUUGAAAGACCACAUUUUGCAUGCAUGCCUUUUCAGGGCAGAUUGGCCAACCAGAUGUUUCAGUACGCAUUCAUGUAUGCGUUUUCCAGGGACAAGGAACUGGUUAUCAUGAUGUCAGAGGCAAAGGAAAGUAACAUACUCUCUUCAACAUUUGAAAUUGAAUUCGGUCUAAAUAAUGAUUAUGGAUUUGGAUUAGGAAAAGGAGAUUGCCUCUGCUUCCAAAAAUAUGAAGAUGAUUGGGAUUGUGCUUAUGAUAAACAGUUUGAAGAAAUUGAGAAAAGACAAGACAGUUAUUUGUAUGGCUAUUUUCAAUCCUGGAAAUACUGGAAACAUUAUGAAAAUGAAAUACGAAGCAACUUUCACUUUCAAGAACAUGUCAAAAUAUCUGCUCAAGCAGUUUUACAAAACAUCAUACAGAAAAGUGGCAGUAGUCCGGCCCGUGGUGAUAUUCUUGUAGGCGUACAUAUUCGUCGAGGUGAUUAUGUGAACAAGGCAGUUUUUACUGAAUACGGAUAUACAACUGCCACUGAACAGUAUUUACAUAAAGCUACUCAAUUUUUUCGAAAACGUUAUAAAAACCCAACUUUCAUAGUUUGCUCAAAUGAUUUUACCUGGGCACGAACAGCGCUUGGGAAAUUCAGUGAUGUGUACUUUGCAGAGGGAAACGCCCCUGAUACAGACAUGGCAUUGCUCUCAUCCACAAACCAUACAAUUAUGACUGUUGGCACUUUUGGUUGGUGGUCCGCCUUUCUGACCAAUGGAACAACAGUAUACUACAAACAUCCAUAUAUUGAAGGAUCACCCUUUAGCAAGCAGUUCCAUGACAGCACCACAGAACACUUCUACCCGGGUUGGAUUGGACUGGAGUAACUUGUAUAAUUGUGUACAUUUGUAUAUACAGGAUCUUACGUGAGUUUCCAUUUCAUAUGAGAUUUAUGAAACAACU